AUGACGUAUCGACGUGAUGCAGAGGCAAUGGACUUUGAUAUAGAUGCAUUGAAUCGGAAGAUGAGAAUGGUUGAUCCAAACGAUGUGUUGGAUAUGAGAGAGCGAACGGCGUCGGCGGAGGAAUUAGGUGAACGAGAUGAUUCGGACAACACUUCUGAUGAAGCAACAUCACCACCAAAGCAGACCAACAAGUAUAUUUCUUUGAUUACCAAGUACCAGGCUCUGUUUGCUAUAAUGCCAUUCCUGUCUCUACAUAGUAACCCAUGUUUUCUAAAAGCUGCUAAGGAUUUUGUCAAGAGGUUAGCUUUAACAUCUCAUCUAAUAGAUCUACGUAAGAAGCUGCCAUCAAAAGCUUGUAUCACCUGCGACGGUUUUACAUCACCAAGUCGUGGUCUAUCGCCAGAACGGAAGAAGAAAUGGACUCUACCCCUGUGUGAUAAAGUUCUUCCGGAUUUUUCUACCUUGCAAAUAUACGAGGACACGAUCCACAACUUUAGUUCAAUUCGUAUUUCCAACGAAUCUAUUUUUGCGGAUGGUGACACUUGCCAUAGUUUACCAACGAUGCUUCAUGCUCCGCAGAUCGACGAGGAAUGUUACGGUAAUUACGUAGAUAGACGAGAAGCAGAAGAGACCCUAGUACAGCAGUCAAUGGCGGAACAAAUCAGCGACUAUGUGACAUUUCCAGCCGUGACAUCGAAGUAUAAAAAUCGCGAAAAUCUUACGUUCCACGACUCGACACCGACUAAUGUUUCCAGGCUGCCCAUAAAGUAUAUAAGUCAAAAUGUUGGGGUAAAAAAAAAAUUUCUCGACCUGAAUAGGCUGUACAGACAACGUCAACAUCAAAGAUAUCGAAAGAAGCACAUGCAAAGACAAUUCUCUAUUUUCUACCAACCGACUGCAAUCGAAGAAGAUCCUGAUAUAACGAUACAAAAUACAGUCAAUUUCUGUAUGAAUAUGUCAUCACCAAUUAAAUCCGAAAGUUUGAACCAAUCUUCAGAAGAUUUGUCUGAUUAA